AUGGCUGACGAGAAGACCUUCCGCAUUGGGUUCAUUGUGCUGGGCCUUUUCCUACUGUCCCUCGGCACGUUCCUCAUGAGCCAUGAUCAGCCCCAUGUCUACGGCACCUUCUACGCCAUGGGCAGUGUCAUGGUGAUCGGGGGCGUCAUCUGGAGCAUGUGUCAGUGCUACCCCAAGAUCACCUUUGUACCUGCUGACUCUGACUUCCAAGGCAUGCUGUCCCCAAAGGCCCUGGGCCUGCUGGACAAUAGGCUGGCUGAUGUGAAGAGCUUCCAGCCUCCCUAUAUCAGACUGUGGGAGGAAGCCACCUAUGACCAGAGCCUGCCUGACUUCAAUCACAUCCAGAUGAAGGUCAUGGGUUAUAGCGAGGACCCCCGCCCCCUACUGACCCCUAAGCUGAAGCCUGGAGCCAGCGAUGGAAGAGAAGGUGACCCUCGUGACACUCAGGCCUGGAUAGAGGCUGCCGUGGUUGUCCACAGGGGCUUGGAUGAGAAUGAGGGAGAAAUAACUGAAACUCAAAGCAACCCCCCAGUCUGUCCCCAGGGAUCUGCACCCUUGGCCUCCUUCCAAGAUGACCUGGACUUGGGCUCCAGUGAAGGCAGCAGCCCCAACUCAUCUCUACCCAGCAGGGAGGAGCUUCAACACCCACCACAGGAGCCCCGGACCUGCAGGGACUCACUGGACCGCUUCCAUGAUUUUGCCCUCAUCGAUGACACACCCACAUCAGAGGAUGCGCCCCUGGAGAGGCAGGUGAAGGAGGCAGCCCUGCCCAAAAGCUGGCAGCAAUCCCCAAGAACAAGGAAGGAGAAGGAGGCUUCAGAGGCAGGCGCAGAGGAGCCAGAGGAGGAAGAGGAAGACUUGUACUAUGGGCUUCCGGACAGUCCUGGGGAUUCCCUCCCAGACAAGGAACUGGGCUUUGAGCCUGAUGUCCAGGGCUGA